AUGCACACCAUACACGGCACAACAGAGAGACGAUGCACACCAUACACAGCACAACAAAGAGACGAUGCACACCAUACACAGCACAACAGAGAGACAAUGCACACCAUACACAGCACAACAGAGAGACGAUGCACACCAUACACAGCACAACAGAGAGACAAUGCACACCAUACACAGCACAACAGAGAGACAAUGCACACCAUACACAGCACAACAGAGAGACGAUGCACACCAUACACAGCACAACAGAGAGACGAUGCACACCAUACACGGCACAACAGAGAGACGAUGCACACCAUACACGGCACAACAGAGAGACAAUGCACACCAUACACGGCACAACAGAGAGACGAUGCACACCAUACACGGCACAACAGAGAGACAAUGCACACCAUACACGGCACAACAGAGAGACGAUGCACACCAUACACGGCACAACAGAGAGACAAUGCACACCAUACACAGCACAACAGAGAGACAAUGCACACCAUACACGGCACAACAGAGAGACGAUGCACACCAUACACGGCACAACAGAGAGACGAUGCACACCAUACACAGCACAACAGAGAGAUGAUGCACACCAUACACAGCACAACAGAGAGACGAUGUACACCAUACAUGGCACAACAGAGAGACAAUGCACACCAUACACGGCACAACAGAGAGAUGAUGCACUACAUACACGGCACAACAGAGAGACGAUGCACACCAUACACAGCACAAAAGAGAGACAAUGCACACCAUACAUGGCACAACAGAGAGACGAUGCACACCAUACAUGGCACAACAGAGAGACGAUGCACACCAUACACAGCACAACAGAGAGAUGAUGCACACCAUACACUGCACAACAGAGAGACGAUGCACACCAUACACGGCACAACAGAGAGACGAUGCACACCAUACACUGCACAACAGAGAGACGAUGCACACCAUACACUGCACAACAGAGAGACGAUGCAUACCAUACACUGCACAACAGAGAGACGAUGCACACCAUACACGGCACAACAGAGAAACGAUGCACACCAUACACGGCACAACAGAGAGAUGAUGCACACCAUACACUGCACAACAGAGAGACGAUGCACACCAUACACGGCACAACAGAUGAUGCACACCAUACACGGCACAACAGAGAGACGAUGCACACCAUACAUGGCACAACAGAGAGAUGAUGCACACCAUACAUGGCACAACAGAGAGAUGAUGCACACCAUACACAGCACAACAGAAAGAUGA